CCCUUUUUCCCCUUUCUCUCUGCUCCUUCCCACUCUGCUUCCCUCUCCCAUCCCUGCCUGCAUCCCCCCAUGCUGGCAGUGCCCAGCUCUGCCUUGGGAUCGCCCCCCUGAGCCGGGAGCCGCCAGCAUGGGCCCUGCUGAGGAGCUGGUCCGGAUUGCCAAGAAGCUGGAUAAGAUGGUGGCCAGGAAGAGCACGGAAGGGGCUCUGGAUCUGCUCAAGUCUCUCACCAACUACACCAUGACCAUCCAGCUGCUCCAGACCACGCGGAUCGGGGUGGCUGUUAACUCGGUGCGGAAGCACUGCUCCGAUGGAGAGGUAGUGGCCUCGGCCAAGAUCCUCAUCAAGAACUGGAAGCGGCUGCUGGAGCCCUCCAGCACCCCAAAGAAGGAGAAGGACGUGGAUGGGGAGAAGAAGGAGAAGGGUCUGGAUCUCCCCAGCUGCCCCAGUGAAGGGGUGAAACACCCCAAGAACCCAGCAGAGAAGCACAGGGAGAAGCACAAGGAGAGGAAGCCCAGCAAGUCCAGCUCUUGUGCCAUCACCCCUCAGGGCCAUUCUGCCGAUGCCAGCCUGGACAGAAAGGCCAGUGAUGGCCGGAGCCCCACUGCAUCCUCCAAGAAGUCACCUCUGGACAGCAAGAAGGAGAGGAGAGACUCUGCUGACUCAAGGUCCUCCACCUUGGCCAUCUCCUCCUCUUCCUCCCCACAGAAGAGGCUGUCGGGGGAGAGGAGAGCCUCCGUGGGCAGCAGCCCCUCCCCAGCUCCCACUGGCUCCCGGAGCAGCUCCAGUGACAGCAAGGAGAAAAGGUGGGAACAGCCCCAUCCUGGUGCCGUGGCGCAGGUCCUGGGGGAUGCACGAGGACCCUGGGCUCUGCUUGUCCUCCCCUGCAGAGCCAACAGCAGCAAGGCCAAGGCAGAGACCCCACAGACCCCCAGCAGCCCCUUCUCACCCAGCCCCUGCCUCCUGGCCCCCUGUUACCUCACAGGGGACUCGGUGCGGGACAAGUGCAUCGAGAUGCUGACGGCCGCGCUCCGUAUGGAUGAUGACUACAAGGAGUUUGGUGUCAACUGCGAGAAGAUGGCAUCGGAGAUCGAAGACCAUAUCUUCCAGGAGCUAAAGAGCACGGACAUGAAGUACCGCAACCGGGUGCGGAGCAGGAUCAGCAACCUGAAGGACCCCAAGAACCCCAGCCUGCGGAGGAACGUGCUGUGCGGGGCCAUCCUGCCCAGCCUCAUCGCCCGCAUGACAGCUGAGGAGAUGGCCAGUGAUGAGCUGAAGGAGCUGCGGAAUGCCAUGACCCAGGAGGCCAUUCGGGAGCACCAGAUGGCCAAGACGGGCGGCACCGUCACCGACCUCUUCCAGUGCGGCAAGUGCAAGAAGAAGAACUGCACAUACAACCAGGUGCAGACACGCAGCGCCGACGAGCCCAUGACCACGUUUGUGCUGUGCAACGAGUGUGGGAACCGCUGGAAGUUCUGCUGAUGGCAGCCCCCGGCGAUGGGGCUGGAGGGAUGCGGUGUGAGACAAGGAUGCUGUGACAGCCACAUCGGGGUGCGGAGGAAGGUGAUGCGGUGGCUCCGGUCCCUACACCCCAACUCCCUGUUUCCUUGCACCCCAGGAAGCUGGGCUCUGGCAGCAGAUGGGUUUGCUUGGGAAGACCCUGGUGAAUCCAAGUGGUCCAUCCGUUUGCUUGGGGUGCGCUGGGAGCCCACUGCCAACAUCCUCAGUAAGGGAGACUGGUCUGUUUACAGACAGGAGGGACAUUCCCUGUGGAUGUGGGGUUGUGCCACUGUCCUGGGAAACCAGGAGUGGCAAACAGCCAGGUUUUAACCCAAAUACCUUCUUCCUCCACAGUGGGAGGACACAGAGGGAGAGGGGGUGGUUGCAGGGUGCCUGGAUGCUGGUGGGAGGUCACCAUGUCCAUCCAUCCUGGUUUAAGGGCACUAAAAGGAGGAAGAAAGAAGGGAUGUGGGGGGCAAGAGGA